AUGGAUAUCUCCCAGACUAUAACCAAUAGCUCAAGACUUCAAGUGUCCGAGUUCAUCCUGAUGGGUUUCCCAGGCAUUCAUGAGUGGCAACACUGGCUCUCCUUGCCCCUGGCUCUGAUCUACCUCUUAGCUCUUGGUGCCAAUCUCCUCAUCGUGAUCACCAUUCACCAUGAGCUUAACCUGCACCAGCCAAUAUAUCAGUUCCUUAGUAUCCUGGCUGUAGUGGACAUUGGCUUGGCUACUACCAUCAUGCCCAAGAUCCUGGCUAUUUCCUGGUUUGAUGCCAAAGCCAUCAGCCUCCCUGAGUGUUUUGCUCAGAUCUAUGCCAUCAACUCUUUUAUGGCCAUGGAGUCAGGCAUUUUCCUCUGCAUGGCUGUGGAUAGAUACAUAGCCAUUUGCUAUCCCCUUCAGUACUCCUCCACAGUCAAUGAAGCUUUUGUGAUCAAAGUCACACUGUCCAUGGUACUCAGGAAUUGCCUGUUGACCAUGCCAUUGCCUGUACUGGCUGCCCAGCGACAUUACUGCUCCAAGAAUGAGAUUGACCACUGCCUGUGCUCUAACUUGGGGGUCACUAGUCUGGCUUGUGAUGACAUCUCUAUUAAUAGGUUUUACCACUUGUCCUUGGCCUGGGUUAUGGUUGGGAGUGACAUGGGUCUGGUCUUUGCUUCCUACGGUUUGAUCAUUCGCUCAGUGCUGAGGCUGAACUCUGCUGAAGCAACAUCUAAGGCCCUGAAUACCUGCAGCUCCCAUCUCAUUCUCAUUCUCUUUUUCUACACAGCCAUUAUUGUAGUAUCUGUCACCCAUCUGGCAGGAAGAAAGGUUCCCUUCAUCCCUGUUGUCCUCAAUGUGCUGCACAGUGUCAUUCCCCCAGCCCUUAACCCCAUGGUGUAUGCCCUUAGGACCCAGGAGCUGAGAGUGGGCUUCAGGAGGGUGCUUGGUUUGGGUGAUAAUGUGGUCAGGAAGUGA